AUGGGACUUAUAUCAAGGUUUCUAUCGGAAUGUCCGGAAGCUGCUUUAAGUGUACACAAGUUCCUGCAGACAAAUUAUUCUAAGUCAAAUCAGCAACAACAAAUCGUGCAACCAGUGAAUUCUACUCCUAAGCGUGGACAUCCUCUCGAUGAAAGUGGAGGCUCGAUCAACAAUGGAAGAGGUCGUCGUAGAUAUCCUCGAAAAGGCAUUGACAACAAUGCACAAAAGCAUUCGCAUAAUGUACACCAAGAAAUUAAUUUACAACCACAGCAACCAUCGUCUCCAAUGUUGUCAGGUGAAAGACAACAUCAAGAGAUAAAUCAUGCUACUAAGAAUCGUAAACGAAUUUCUUUUAAUCAACUGAAGCACGCGGUAUCUUCUAAUCUACCAUGUUUUUUUAAUGAAUUCACCUCGGAUGCUGAUCGUAAUAGUAUUCCAACAGCUCUUCAUGCGAGUGAUCUUAUACUUAAAGAAUUGUAA